AUGAAGGCUGGAGGGGCUGCCCUGGCAGCCGGGCUCCUCGGCGCCACUGGCCUCCUGCUCUUCCUCCUCGCCUUUGGGACCGACUACUGGCUCCUGGCUACAGAGACCUGUGGCAUCUUUCCCAGUGGGAACAGCACUCUGAAGACUGAGGAGGAUGAUGUGCAGACAGAGGUCAGGAAGGAGAUCCUCACUUUCCACCACGAGGGCUUCUUCUGGAGGUGCUGGUUCUUCGGCCAGGGGCACCCAGAGACCAUCUGGACCUUCUGGUACACCAGCCAAGUACACCCCAAGUUCUGCAUGCACGGGUACCUCUUCCCUCUGCCCAUUGCUCUGGGACCUUUUCCUCACCCUUCCUACGACACGACAGCAGUGUACAGAGGCUUCUGGACAGCUUUCAUCAUCCUGGCUGUGGCCACUGGGCUGGUGGGAGGGCUCCUGCUGGUCUGUGGGGUGCCCUUUGUGAGCCCCCGUGCCUACAAAGCUGGAGGGGGAUUCCUCCUCACCUCAGGAGGCUUGUUUCUCUUGCUGGUGUUUCUCUUCGUGAUGUGGAAGGAGUUUGCAGCUGAUUUUCAGAAGUACAUCCUGCUGGAGAGGAGUGAGAAGUGCCUGGACGACGUCCCCGUGCACGUGUACUACGGGUGGUCGUUCAUGUUCGCCACGGCCGGGGUGCCCCUGGUCUUACUUUCUGGACUCCUCUUCUACCUGGUUGGCAGAGACAUUAUGAAGUCCCUGGAGUAA